AUGUCAGCGCUAACCUCGGCUGGCACAAAAGCUCCAAACACGGCGCCGUCCGUGACGUGCGAGCGUGAGAGCGCCAUUAAAACGGCCUGCUGCACAUCGACGACGGGUGGCGCUAAGUACCGCCACUUCUUGGGCCUCGGAGGGCUCUUUGUCACGCUCGACGCCGCCAGAUGUGCACACCUUCGCCAACAGGAAGUACGUCUCUGCACACCUUCGCCAACAGGAAGUACGUCUCUGCACACCUUCCCCAACAGGAAGUACGUCUCUGCACACCUUUGCCAACAGGAAGUACGUCUCUGCACACCUUCGCCAACAGGAAGUACGUCUCUGCACACCUUCCCCAACAGGAAGUACGUCUCUGCACACCUUUGCCAACAGGAAGUACGUCUCUGCACACCUUCGCCAACAGGAAGUACGUCUCUGCACACCUUUGCCAACAGGAAGUACGUCUCUGCACACCUUCGCCAACAGGAAGUACGUCUCUGCACAACUUCGCCAACAGGAAGUACGUCUCUGCACACCUUCCCCAACAGGAAGUGUGUCUCUGACGCAGCACACCUUCGCCAACAGGAAGUACAUCUCUGCACACCAUCACCAACAGGAAGUACAUUUCUGACACCGCGCACCUUCGCCAACAGGAAGUACGUCUCUGACACUACACACCUUCGCCAACAGGAAGUACAUCUCUGCACACCUUCGCCAACAGGAAGUACGUCUCUGACACUACACACCUUCGCCAACCGGAAGUACAUCUCUGCACACCUUUCCCAACCGGAAGUACAUCUCUGCACACCUUUCCCAACAGGAAGUGUGUCUCUGACCCUGCACACCUUCGCCAACAGGAAGUACAUCUUUGUACACCUUCGCCAACAGGAAGUACAUUUCUGACACCGCACACCUUCACCAACAGGAAGUACGUCUCUGCACAACUUCGCCAACAGGAAGUACGUCUCUGCACACCUUCGCCAACAGGAAGUGUGUCUCUGACGCAGCACACCUUCGCCAACAGGAAGUACAUCUCUGCACACCAUCGCCAACAGGAAGUACAUUUCUGACACCGCGCACCUUCGCCAACAGGAAGUACGUCCCUGCACUCCUUCGCCAACAGGAAGUACGUCUCUGCACAACUUUGCCAACAGGAAGUACAUCUCUGCACACCUUCCCCAACAGGAAGUGUGUAUCUGACGCAGCACACCUUCACCAACAUGAAGUACAUCUCUGCACACCUUCCCCAACAGGAAGAAGUCCGUCUCUGACACUGCACACCUUCGCCAACAGGAAGAAGUCUGUCUCUGCACACCUUUCCCAACA